CUUUCUAGCUGUUAAUGCAGGCUGUGAAUUGAAGAAAAAAAAGCAUGUAAUUAAUCAUAGGAGGUUGGGGGUGUUCGCUAAGCUUCAGUUACAGGGGAGAAGCUGGACAAGGCACUAGGACCUAGAAGGCAACUAUCCACCCUGGCAGGAAUUUCUUGCUUGGAGCUCAGACAACAAAGGCAUAGAGAGAUUGGUUUUCUUUCUCACAGCAUCUCCACCCAACCAGCAGAAAACCGGUUGCUGUGGUUCCACCAAAAUAUGGAACUUGAUUUUGGACAUUUUGACGAACGAGACAAAGCAUCUAGAAACAUGAGAGGGUCACGGAUGAAUGGACUUCCAAGUCCCACUCAUAGUGCUCACUGUAGCUUCUACAGAACCAGAACCUUGCAGGCAUUAAGUAAUGAGAAGAAGGCCAAGAAGGUACGUUUCUACCGCAAUGGGGACCGUUACUUCAAGGGGAUUGUGUACGCUGUUUCUUCUGACCGUUUUCGUAGUUUUGAUGCACUGCUGGCUGACCUGACUCGAUCCUUGUCCGACAACAUCAACCUGCCUCAGGGAGUGCGCUACAUUUACACUAUUGAUGGAUCAAGAAAGAUCGGAAGCAUGGAUGAACUGGAAGAAGGGGAAAGCUAUGUCUGUUCCUCAGACAACUUCUUUAAAAAGGUUGAGUACACCAAGAAUGUCAAUCCCAACUGGUCGGUCAAUGUAAAGACAUCAGCCAACAUGAAAGCGCCCCAGUCCUUGGCUAGCAGCAACAGUGCUCAAGCCAGAGAGAACAAGGACUUUGUGCGCCCCAAACUUGUGACCAUCAUUCGCAGUGGGGUGAAGCCUCGGAAGGCGGUGCGUGUGCUUCUCAACAAGAAAACAGCCCACUCUUUCGAGCAGGUCCUCACUGACAUCACAGAAGCGAUCAAACUGGAAACCGGAGUUGUCAAAAAACUCUAUACCCUUGAUGGAAAGCAGGUCACCUGUCUCCAUGAUUUCUUUGGUGAUGAUGAUGUGUUCAUUGCUUGUGGUCCUGAAAAGUUCCGCUACGCUCAAGAUGACUUCUCCUUGGAUGAGAAUGAAUGCAGAGUCAUGAAAGGGAAUCCAUCUGCCACAGCUGGCCCAAAGGCUUCCCCAACACCUCAAAAGACAUCUGCUAAAAGCCCAGGCCCAAUGCGCCGCAGCAAGUCAGCUGACUCAGGUAACGACCAAGACGCAAAUGGAACUUCUAGCAGUCAGCUCUCAACACCUAAGUCGAAGCAGUCUCCUAUCUCUACACCCACAAGCCCUGGAAGUCUGCGGAAGCACAAGGACUUGUACCUGCCACUGUCAUUGGAUGACUCUGAUUCACUUGGCGACUCCAUGUGAAAGAUGAUAGGCUAAAUCAAAGCCGAUUAUUAUAGCAGAAUACUUUCGCUCAAGUGACAAACAAGGCUAUUGGUGCUUAAACAUUUUCGUUGUUAUUGUUGCUUUUCAAAACACUCUGUAGUACGUAGGGUUUAUUUUCUUGUGACUUCUCUUCUGGGCCACUAAUUCACAUUUACCAAUAAGAGAUAGAUUGAUAACCAUCUUUUGAGUGACUUUUCCAGAACUGCAAAAUGUGCUAGUCCAUGACCUUUCUACUGAAUGCUUAGGGGCCUUUGUAUUUUCCCCAUUCAGUUUGUGCAGAAACUAGUCUUUCUUCUCUAGAAGGCUGUUUACGUACACAUCGCUUAAAAUGUUUAUGUGUGGGGAAAACUUUCAUAUGCAGAUCUAAAAGUGAAAAACCUAAGUGUCCCUUGCCUCUGUAUCUUCAGAAUGCUGGAGGAUCUCAGGAGAGUGGCAAGUCAGAUCCUUGGCCUCACUCGUUGCUCUUAAUUGAGCCUCCAGUGUAUUGUCUAGCAUUCAUUCUGGCUGUUGAGAUGGAGAAACACCAGCGACUUCCAAUGUGACACCAUGUGCUUAAGGCUGUGGUAUCAGACUAGUUGCACGAGAUGAGGUAGAAUUUAGGGGAAAAACUGCCCAAAUUUCAGUAGGAUUUACAUAAAGCACAGUGGAUUCCUGGUCAACUCCUCUACUGGGGAAAUUUUGGAAUCAAUCAAUAAUUGAUUAGUUUGGGGUACAUGAUGUCACAUACAUGAUCCCACCAGGAGGCUUUCUAAUGUACACGUUAGUACAUGAACCGCAUGGUAUCCAUCUAGCUCUGUUCUAUUGAAUGCCUUGUAAACAACCAACACUACAAACACUGUGAGAAUUUGUUUUCAGGUCUGACACCUUUUGGUCGCUUUUUAUAGCAAGAAACCAUAUCCAUUUUUUAUAAUAACUCAAGUCUGUAUUUCAGGAGCAAAACUCUUCAGGCUCCUUUUUUAUAAGCUGGUGAUUUUUUUCCUUUGUCUAAAAAACACAAGUAGAAAAUUGACCAAAAAAAAAUGCAGAAGAAUACUGUAGUUUAGAAAUCUUGCUCUCACUGCCAAACAGAAAGCUCCGGGAGAAAACUCAAUGACUAGAGGCCAAUUCAAUAGAAUCAGGUUUUUUGAUACCUUUUUAACAGUUACACUUUCAGUACUAAUUUCAAUGUGGACCAGACAUUCUAAUUAUAUUUUAAAUGAAAUGUUAUGGCAUAUUUUAAGUAAGUCUUUUUUAUCUAUAAUCCUAAUAUUUCAUACUUAAGAUACAGAGACCUUUCACUUGACUUUAACAUUUAGAAAGGAUUUCUCUUUAUUAAGGAUUGAUCACUUGAAAUAACUGUCUUUGAGGUACAGGUUUUUAAAAUUACUUUUUCUCUGUAAUCAUAGCCCAUGAUAGCCAAGACAACUAAAUUUAGGUGAAAGCCAUGCAUGCCAAUUCUGUGUUUGAUUUUUACUAGAUAGGCAGAUUUCCUUUACUUCUUUGUCAUUGUUCAGAUAGCUUGAAAGAUGCAGCGUUCAAAGCCAACAGGUCGUUUGGCUGCUGAAUGACAUGCAGCUGUCCUUCAUUCUAAGUAAAAUGAGUGGGGUUUUGUGUGUGUGUGUGUGUGUGUGUGUGUGUGUGUGUGUGUGUGUCUAGGCUGCUUCACAAUUAGGAAAUACUGCACAAGACAACUCAACGUGGAUUGAUGACAACUUGGUGGCAUUGCUGAUGCGCAGGGGGAAGUAGGAUGGCAGGGGUAGCUAGAGCCCCCUUGAUAAAUUUCAGAUGUCCUUAAUUACUAGAUUACAAGAAACAUUUUUGGUUUUGGUUCAGGAGAAGGGGGAUGAUGAGAGCUCUGGUUUCUGCUCAAACUGCUCAUUGAAGAGCCCAAAAUGAUGAGGUUUUGCUCUUCCCCCCUCUUUAUUGGUAAGCCCACAUGAAAUGAUUAAGAAACCCAUUUUAAUCAGCCCCUAUUUUUUCUAGAAGCUCAGUGAUUUCUUAGUGCCUCCCAGAGCAUUUGAGUUAAUUAGGGAAAAUUGGUUAUUUGGGAUGGAUAGAAAUUGUGGUAGGAGGUCUAUUUUUAACCUCUGGGCCAGAUCCUCCAGCACACUCUAUGUUGGUCUUUGAGCAAAUCCCAUGUUGUCCCAAGUAUUCAUUUAAGACGAAACAUGCAGAUCCUACUGAAAGAGUAGGAGCAAAGAGAAUUCAACAGUCCUCAUGCCCAGGCCCCUUGGUUCUCUGAGUAUUUCUCUACUUGUAGCAUAAUAUAGCACAAGAAAGUACUGUGGGCAUAUCUUUAGAAUAUUCUUAGAAUAGACAUUCUUCUAUAACAACAGUGUCCUUUCUGUUUUUCUUUGAGCUAACUACAAGGAAACCUUUACAAAACACUUUUUCUUUAUAUACAGGCACAGAUACAUAUAAAAAAUAUUUUUAACUGCUAUUUUGUGUGGUAUAAUUGAAAACUCAAGUCUCCAAUAAUUUCAUUUUAAAUUGGCUGAAAUUCAAGUAAAUUGUUUUCGGAAAUAAGCUCCUACAUCCCCCAAAUUCAUUCUCAGUUUUUCCUAAUACAGUUUUACUACUUUAGUCCCAUCGAGUUCAGUGUGCAUGGUCAGCAAGCAUUUGCCACCACUUCCCAUAACACCUCUCCCUCUCUCUUUUUCUCUUUCUCUCUGUCUCUCUGUCUCUCUCACAUGCGU